AUGUCGAGUACUCACCCGACGGCAUGGAGGUAUGAUGGUGGCGACAUCGCGUUCAUUGCCAUAUGUGGCAUUCUCGUAUCUUUCAUGGUACCUGGCGUGGCGUUCCUAUAUUCUGGCUUAUCUAGGCGGAAAAGUGCCCUGUCCUUGAUCUGGGCCGUCGCCGCAAGCAACGCAGUUGUCAUCUUCCAAUGGUUCUUCUGGGGAUACUCCCUUGCGUUCUCGCCGACGGCUACGAAUGGCUACAUUGGUGACUUGCGGAGUUUUGCUCUGCGCAAGGUGCUCAGUAAUCCCAGCCCUGGGUCCCCCCUUAUUCCGGAGCUGCUGUACAGCUUCUAUCAAAUGGAGUUCGCGUGCGUCACAGUCGCCAUCCUUAUGGGAGCACUUGCCGAGCGCGGUCGCGUGGUCCCUGCCAUGAUUUUCGCAUUCAUCUGGAUGACUAUUGUGUACUGUCCUCUGGCUUGCUGGGCGUGGGCGGAAAAUGGCUGGGGUUAUAAAUGGGGGGUUCUUGACUAUGCUGGCGGCGGCCCCGUAGAAAUUGGCAGCGGAGUGUCCGGACUCGCCUACUCCUGGGUUCUUGGCAGGCGGAGCGAGCGUGAGCUGCUCAACUUCCGUCCGCAUAACGUCUCCCAAGUGUGCAUGGGAACGUUCAUGCUCUGGUUUGGCUGGCUAGGGUUCAACGGUGGGAGUGCAUUUGGCGCGAACAUGCGCGCAGUGCUCGCGAUAUGGAACUCUAUGAUCGCCGCGGCAAUGGCAGGGCUCGUCUGGUGCUUGCUCGACUACCGGCUCGAGCGCAAGGUCUCAAUGGUCGGCUUCUGCUCGGGAACAAUUGCCGGAUUGGUGGCGGCUACUCCCGCUUCGGGUUAUAUCCCGCAAUGGGCAUCCCUCAUCAUGGGCAUUGUAGUGGGGGUGGUUGCAAACUACGCAACAAAACUGAAGUUCCUUUUACGAAUUGAUGACGCACUAGAUCUUUACGCGGAACAUGCUAUCGGAGGCAUCGUCGGCUUAUUAUUUAACGCCCUGUUCGCAGAUAGCGAGCUCAUUGCGUUGGACGGGGUCAAUACCUCUGUCCCUGGUGGCUGGCUAAACCGCAACUGGAAGCAGCUUUACAUUCAGUUCGCAUAUAUAUGCGCUGUCGUCGGCUACUCUUUCGUCAUGACAGCCCUGCUUGCGAAAGCGCUUGACUUCAUUCCGUGCCUCAGCUUACGGGCGUCGCCGGCGGAGGAGGCACUCGGUAUGGACGAUGCUCAGAUUGGGGAAUUUGCAAACGACUAUAUCGAAGUCCGGAGAGAUUAUACCGACUGGACGCCCGCGCACAAACACAAAGGUUCGGACACCGGCCAGGUGCCCAUCGCUGCUGGAGACCGCCACGCUCGACCAGAUGUGCAGGUUUGGGAUUCCCAGGACGGCGAACGACCUAUUAGCACCAGCCCGAACGAUACGCGGGGUGCGAACGGCCUUUUAACGAUCUCAGAGAAGGUGGAUGAUAACAGCGACGUUGAGUCUCACUCUUGACGAAUUCGUCGUGUGAGAGAAAAGUAUCGAUUGGGUGGAAAUGCGGGGAAUAACUGCUUCUCAGGAAUCGGGGUACGCUUUAGCAAUCUAAUCCUAUAGCCUGCGUAAUAUAUACGACUACGGCCCCUUUCUCUCCUUCCUGGUAGUGUAGCGGUAGUUGUGACUUCGCGAUACUUUU